CCGCGAUGAAGCAGGCGGGCGCCAAGAAGGGAGGAUGCGACUGCAAGCGAUUCCUGGCGAAGAACUGGCUUCUGCUCAGCACCAUCGUCGCCGUGAUUCUGGGCAUUGGACUAGGAGUUACUGUUCGGGAAUAUGCCAAACUCUCCAGUCUUGACAAGUAUUACUUUUCAUUUCCAGGAGAGGUUCUGAUGAGAAUGCUUAAGCUCAUCGUAUUACCAUUAAUUAUAUCAAGCAUGAUAACAGGUGUUGCUGCUUUGGAUUCUAGUGUUUCUGGAAAGAUUGGCUUGCGAGCGGUUGUAUACUACUUCGUCACAACAGUUAUAGCUGUCAUCCUAGGGAUCGUACUGGUUGUGACCAUCAAACCAGGAGUGUCCCAGAAUGCUGAAGAAAUUGAUAGAGUGGGCAGCACACCUGAUGUAUCUACGGUGGAUGCCAUGUUAGACUUGAUUAGGAAUAUGUUCCCAGAAAAUCUUGUGCAGGCCUGUUUUCAACAGUAUAAAACCAAACGUGAAGAGCUAAUCCUUACAAAUACAGACAAAAAUGGCACUAUUCCUACAGAAAAUCCUGUUACAACUGUAAUGCCAACAGAAGCUUCAGAGAACAACACAAAGGAAUACAAAGUAGUUGGAAUGUACUCAGAUGGCAUCAAUGUGCUUGGCUUGAUAGUCUUUUGUAUUGUCUUUGGAGUUGUCAUUGGGGAAAUGGGAGAAAAGGGACAGGUGCUGGUGGACUUUUUCAAUGCACUGAAUGAGGCCACAAUGAGAAUAGUUCAGAUAAUCAUGUGGUAUAUGCCACUGGGUAUUUUAUUUUUGAUUGCUGGAAAGAUAAUACAAGUUGAAGACUGGGAGAUCUUCCGCAAGCUGGGACUAUACAUGGCUACUGUAUUAAGUGGACUUGCAAUCCAUUCUGUUGUAAUUCUACCACUAAUAUACUUAAUAAUAGUCCGGAAGAAUCCUUAUCGAUUUGCCAUGGGGAUGGCUCAAGCACUUUUGACAGCACUCAUGAUCUCCUCCAGUUCAGCAACUUUACCUGUCACUUUUCGCUGUGCAGAAGAAAAAAACCAUGUUGACAAGAGAAUUACCCGAUUUGUUUUACCAGUUGGGGCUACAAUCAACAUGGAUGGUACUGCACUAUAUGAAGCUGUAGCAGCUAUUUUUAUUGCACAGCUUAAUGACUUAGAACUAGAUAUUGGCAAAAUAGUUACUGUUAGUGUAACAGCUACAGCAGCCAGCGUUGGAGCUGCAGGAGUGCCCCAGGCUGGACUAGUUACCAUGGUGAUUGUCCUGAGUGCAGUUGGCCUUCCUGCUGAAGAUGUUACCCUCAUCAUAGCCGUGGACUGGCUUUUGGAUCGAUUCAGAACAAUGGUGAAUGUUCUUGGUGAUGCCUUUGGAACUGGAAUUGUGGAGAAGCUCUCCAAAAAUGAACUGGAGCAGAUGGAUAUCAACACCGAAGUCAACAUAGCAAAUCCUUUUGCCUUGGAAGCCCCAACGCUUGAAUCUGAUGAAGCAGAGACCAAAAAAUCCUAUGUGAAUGGUGCUUUCGCUAUUGAUAAAUCUGACACCGUAUCAUUCACCCAGACAUCCCAGUUCUGAAGCAGAUAGACUGACAGAGGAGCAACACUGGAUUUUUAGGACCUAGAAGCCUCUCUGCUGCACCAUAUGCUGGACCUCUUACCUGCUGUACUUUCUCCUCUGCCUGCAUUCCCACAGGCACACAGAGGGAGGCACAUUCUCUCUCUCACUAACCCCACUCCUGAAAUCUGCUACGGCACAGCCAUUCUGCUCAUAUUUUGCAAGUUACCUGUAUUCUGUAUUUCUCUAUACCUGGGAAUAUGACUGCUAUUCCUUCCCCAUCAUUUUUUAGUGAGGCAACAGCCAACAUGCUUUAAGCCGUGGAAAUUUCUACAGGACCCCAAUGCAGAAAAACAUAUAUAUUAGCACAGAUGUGCUCUCAGACAAAUCCAUAGUGUCAGGAGAUCCAUAUCACAGAGGUCCUACAGUGUAACAGAUAUAGUUUAUCCAUCCCUAUUUGCAUAAGAUCUCUGAAGGAUAUCACACAUUAAGAUAAUUUAACAAUCUAAGUGUGUUCUUUUGAUACAGACUUCACAGACUUUUUCCAUUAUAGUUUUCCCAGCGUUUGACCACUGUGGGCAGAAAAAGACAGAUUGUAGAAAAAAUUUAAGUUUCA